GUUCAAACUGAAUCAUCUAAAUAAGCCCGCCAUCUUCUGAUCGAUCAACAACAAUAGACCUGAAAGGUUGAUUUACCCAUGUUCAACGGUUUAGUCAAAAUUGAUGAGCUACUUGAGUGCUCACUGUGUCAUCUCACACUGAGGCAAACGCGAAUUGUUGCAGAAUGUGGUCACAGAUUCUGCAAGGCUUGCAUUACUCAAAGAUUGCGAAAGAAUGCUGCGUGUCCUAUUUGCAACAAAGCUGCCGACGCUAGAAAUUUGCGAAAGGAUCCUAUGCAUGAUAAUUUAGUGGUGUACGUUAGCCAACUCAAGCAGGCGUUACUACCUCAUUCAUUGACACCUUUAGAACUUUCGCUGCAGAAUAAAUCCGGAGAUUUGUUGAGAAAACAGGACGAAGUUGAUACGAAAAUGGUUAAUAAUCAAAAGAUCGACAAUGUGAAUUUUAACAAUAAUAUCAAAGACCCAGACAGCAUGUCGUCCUCUACCGCUACUGGCAAAAAGAGACAACUAGGGAAGGAUACGGAAGAUAAUGAAGCUUACGAUUCAAUACAAAUGAGUAAAAAAGCGAAGCUGCCAAUAAAACCAGUGAAUAAACAGCAAUUAUUCGAUCCGAAAGCGAUGUUGGAGGAUAUUUUACCAAAUGACCUGAGCCCUGUAACGAUAACACCAUCCCCUUUACCAACCCAUCGUACAACACCGACAGUGAGUCAAGCUAAUCGAAUUACUCCAUCUCCUGGGUCUAAAGUUACACCCACAGUAACAACAUCGCCUAAGUCUAUCCCGCUUAACACCAGCGAAAAUGGCCCGUUUACACCGUUAACCACUGAUGCAUCUUUGCAAACAGGACCAACAAACACGACUGCCUCCAAAGAAUUAUCCACUUCAAGUGUAAUUGAUGAAGAAGACUCUACACUAGUACCUGCGGUAUUUGAUGUUGAUAAAGAGGACCAGGAGAAAACUUGGAGAUGUACCAAAUGCCAUUAUCAGAAUCAACCAUAUAUACAAACAUGUAUAGUAUGUUCUAGGUAUCGUAAGGGUGAAGUUUUACCAAUUCAAGACAAAACAGACCCAGACACGAGUUCUCCUUCUACAGAAAAACAAUCGUCGAAAGCAGUUAAAAGAAAAGAAAAGGAAGGUUAUAAGUUAACAGUGCCUGGUGAAAAUAAUACAGUAAGCAAUGAUAUAUUAACAGCACCUACAACGAGAAGGAGAUCAGAAGAAACGAGUAAGCUUACAGAAGCACAUGUAAUAUACACAGGUCUAACACCUGAAGACGAGAAAAAAUUGAACAAAAUCAAAGAGGAAGUCGCUUCUUCUCGACUCAAAUUAAUAAUCCACUACCACAUGAGAGAUUUUGAUGAAGUCACUCACGUUAUUACAAGCGUUGACAGCAAAAAGCUUUGCAAAAGAACACUAAAAUAUCUACAAGGUUUAUUAGAAGGAAAGUGGGUGGUCGAGCCUAGCUGUAAGCCAGUCGUUUCUAUACAGCCAGUUGAAACCUGAAUUUUACACCUUCUGUAAGUAAAUAUCCUAACUAUUAUUGUUGGUAGGGCUGAUCAAAAGCAUAAAAGAGAAGAAAUGGCAGCCUGAGUCAGCUUUUGAAGUUCAUGGUGAUCAAAAAACAGGUAAAACAGAGGCGCCAAAAAUAGGUAGAGAAAGAAAGGUAUUUAGGUUUGCUUGGUUUUUGUAUAAAUUCAGAAGUAACAUUAUGUUGACUUAUUAUAUCGCUCAAUAAUAUUCAGAGUGAUCCAUUUUUUUACGAC